AUGGAUGUGUUUAAGUUGAAACGUUAUACUGGAAGAAAAUCUCGCAAGUCCAGUCAAACAAUAGUCGAUCCGUAUGAAUCCCUGACCGCUACGGAAAUGGGCCAGUUCCCCGCAGGACAAAAAUUGGCGCCAAUCCAUAUAUGUGCAAUGCAGGGCAAGAUUGCGCUCAUUGAAAAAGCAGUUAAAUCCAACCCCCAACUGUUGGAACUACGAACAACGGACGGGAAUGAUCACACGUUACUCCACCUCUCUCUGAUACACAACAAACUCAACACAUUCAAAUCCCUCAUAAGUUUGGGAGCAUCGUUAGAGGCCGUUGAUGUCAAAGGUCAAAACGUUAUCGAAAUGGCGCUUGAUCUGGGCAAAAUUAAUAUUUUAGUUUAUUUAUCAGUGCAAGACUUUGAUAAACUAGCAAUAUGGAUUAUGCUCGAGAAGCGAUUGAGAUCUGAUUUUGAGAACGAAUUAACUGUAGCAGUUAACUGGUUAAGGGACAUGCUGAAUUAUGGGGAAGAGAAGGAUGACAAAGUUUUAGAGAAUAUUCCUGAAAGUGUCGAACAGUCUGAGGUGGAAAACGACGCAAAUGACUCGCAGAAUGUCGUACAGAACGAACAGACGUUGCUUCGCCUCAAAGCUAUCGACAAAAAAAUCAUAAAAUCCAUUUUAACGACAAUGAAGAAAACUGAACCAGCGAUCUCGAAGACUCAUUCCUAUUGGCUCUUCAAAACUCUCUACACCCUUCUUCUGACCAACAGACCAGCAAAAGAACAAUCCAUCAACUGCGGCAUCAUGCCUGUGAUCGUCAAAAUUCUUUCAAACUCUCAAAAUCUUCCCAGUUUGGCAGAAGUCAUCGAAAAAAUAAAAGCUGAGGAAGCAAAUUUAGAAAAAAUUGAAUUUUUAAAAUGGAGAAACACAUCGGCAAAGAAGGAAGAUGAUCACAUGACCAGUCUGAAAAAAGACGUCGAACUGAUUGGUGUGUCGUGUGAGAUUAGAAACUACCCUAAAGACGUAUUAAACACAACGUUGAAGAAUGUAGUUGCAUGCGUUGGUACGGCAAGCGAUCAGAAGCUACAACUUCUGGAACAUUUCGCCGAAACCUCCAACAGCUACACCACCCUAAUUCAACUUAUCAAGGACGACAACGAAGAUAACAAUGAGAUGACCUGCUGUGCGUGUGAAUCGAUCGUUAAGUUGACAGCCAACCACAUGAGGAACCAGCUGGGAUUUGCUAUUGGUGGUGAACUUCUCACCAAACUGACUAAACUAAUCAGGUCAACAAACACCGAUCUGCAAGAGCACUGCAUUGACACCCUACAAUCCCUGCUCACCGGCAACCACACCACACAACAACUCUACUUCCAGAUGAAUCUCACAUCAGAUCUUUUCAAGAACUCCACCGCUCUCUGUGGCCCAACUUUGAAAGACAAAUUCAGUGUCGUCUUGUGGACUGUGGCCGACAGCGCCGUUGAAGUUUCAAGACGUGUGGCCGAGAUGGUCGGCGGUGGCGAGUUUGUUGAGUAUUUUUAUUCGCAGUCGAUGGUCAGGCACAGGAUAGCCGCAGAAGGAGUUCGGUGCCUGGCCAGCCUGCCUUGCUGUCCGGUUCUUACUACUGACGACAAGGCGAAAGUUCUAGCAGUUCUGAUAGAGCAUAUAGCGGACCAGGCAUGCGAUGCAUCGCUACUUCUCACUUCAAUGGAAACAGUGGAUCGCCUGGUCGUCUUAGUGGCUCAUGUGGUCGACGCUCGUCUGCAGAAGUUGGCCUUGGACACUUCGGUACUCGAACAUUUGGUCAGUAUUGUCCUGGACAGGUCUGGCCGAAAGUUUUGUCUCAGGUUGCAAGCCGCUCUGACGUUCAGUUAUUUGAUUACAGGUAAGAAGAACGGAAUCAACUUGAUAAAGCCAAAAAAACUGGACGGAUUACUAAUCUUUAUAACUCGGAUACUAACAAAAGAUACUGGAAAAGAUGAUGACGUCGACAAAGAUGGCCGUGCCGAUGAUUACGACGACAAAAACGAUGAUGACAAUAAUGGAGAUGACGUCACGAAAGUGAAAAAUAAACUAAAAGCUUCACAAUUUUUCGUUAAUUUGUGCUACGGAAGCAAAAAAUGGUCGUCUUACUUGAAGACCUGGAUGGCGAGACCCCAUAGGAAUUAUAGGUGUAAUAAAAGCGAUGACAAUAACAAUUAUAACAGGAAUAAUAAUAAUAAUAAUGAUAAUAAUAAUUAUGAUAAUAAUAAUAUUAAUGACGAUGCUGAUAAUGAUGACAAAGAUGAUGAUGGCGACGAGAAGGAAGAAGAGGAAAUAGAUAGGGUAAAUUUGAAUUCAGAUGGUAAUCUUAUCCGGGAUGCUAUGGGAGGGAUCGCCGGCAGACAUUUCAGCCAUUGGAUUAAAGAACUUUACGGACCAGCAACAACGAACGCAAAUCCAGACAUCGAUACUGUCAACAGACGCUUCCAGUUGCGAAAAGAACGAGAUGUCAACACGGCGACGAUACUCAAUUGCAUCGCUUGCCUCUCUCGUUAUGAUUCCGGAGUCCCAGAAUCGUUAAUUGCAGUAGCAGCGGUAGAGCACAUAUGCCCAUAUGUCCAUUCGGAGACGGAGUUAAUAAAAGGUUUCGCCGUGGUGGCUCUGCGGUAUCUUUCGAAUAAUCUUCAAGGGUGUACGCAGAUCCUUAAAAGAAGACAUGAAAUCAAGUCAAAAUAG